AUUUAGUAAUGCAGUGGCUAUAAAAGGUAUAUCUCAAACAGCUGUUGGCCAGGUGUUGCCUGCGAAAGGUGACAACUGUCAAAGCUAUAAAAGCCCCGAACACGUGUGCAAUGACUGCACUGCAGUGUCUCUCUGAUGGCAUUUGGGAAAUGCCGAAAUUAAAAAGCAAUCAAGGAAUUACCCAGGCACAGGCCUAAUUACCUGUACUUGGACUUAGCUUGAAAAAUGCGCUAGGGAUUUACAAUGGGCGAUAGGGGGUGGACGGAGGGGUGGCGUGUAAAGGUUAACCGCGCCUACCUACCUGUCGGGCCUGGGUGAUUCGACUGAGCCCGACUCAGAGGUCAGCCUCAACUACCUGUGCGCUAUAUAAAGAUCUGACUCUGCUGAGCAGGGACAUCAGUUGCACAGCAGCCUUUCAAGCAAACACAUUCAUUUCCAAGCCAAGUUCCACUCAAGAAAUAUCAAAUCCAUUCAUCAUGGCCACCUACACUUGCACACAGUUCGUGAACUUCAUGGAGCCCAUCAGCUGUGGCACUGUGAGCACCACAUAUACCCUGAAUGCGGCGCGCUUCGGCCAGCGGGAUCUCAGCCUGUUCAUCGAGAGCCUGGAGACAAUUGCACGCAUCGAGCGGGAGCGGCACGAGCGACGUCAGAGUCGACGCAAGCAGAAGCUGCUGGAGGAGCGCAUUGCCGAGCUGGAGGAUGAGCGUUGUGUCAGUCCGACGCCCAGCGCAGAGGAGGCGGUCGAUGAGCCCGUCAUGUACAUGGAGGCCAAGUGUAUACCAUAUGCCAUCAGUGAAUCCCUGCCCGUUGCUGAGAAGAGCCAUCCAGACUACGAUAUCUGCGAUGAUGAGGCUUAUGGCAGUGCGAGUCAAUCGCCACGUAGCAGCGUCACCUACUGCAGCUGUGCCGGUGUCUCCAACACUGGCUUGGACUCCGAUUCCGCAGAGUCGGGCAUCUAUGGUGGCUCGACACCGCCACCGCUGCGACCCCGCUCCCAGGUCAUCAGCAAACCAAAGGCCAGGACCACAAGAUCACGCAUCAUUAGCAUGGUGCUCAAGCGGGAAUACGCCAAGUCGCCGUCGGUGGAAACUCUGCAGCACUCUGAGCGCUGUGAACACCUGCUCAACAGCACCAUCAAGCAUCAGUAUGAUCAAAUGUCGUCAAAGUCGCGACGUGGCAUCGCCUGCAGCCAGGGAUCGGCCGAGGAGCGUUUCCUGGACAAAGCCUUGCGCUAUCUGACCCUGUGAUGGACACUGCGCGAAGUGCCUUCAGCUUUAAGACAUAGUUUCUA